ACACAGCCUGGAUUCUGAGCCUGCAGAUAACAGAAGCACUGUGUAAGUUUAAGUCUUCCGUAGCAGCACACAGAAUAUUUAAGUCAAGGAUGUCCUGUGACAAGGUGCUGUCCUUUUUGAAGAGCCUAUCGAGGCGAAAGCCAGUGGAGCCUGAUGGUGAAGAAUCCAACUUUAAGCGUUGCUUGACCACACUAGACCUAGUGGCCCUUGGGGUGGGAAGUACACUGGGUGCUGGGGUCUAUGUCCUUUCCGGUGAGGUUGCAAGAACAGUAGCUGGUCCCAGUAUCAUUGUGUCAUUCUUCAUUGCGGCAGUGGCAUCUGUGUUUGCGGGCUUGUGCUAUGCAGAGUUUGGUGCACGAGUGCCCAAAACUGGCUCUGCCUACCUGUACAGCUACGUCACUGUCGGAGAGGUGUGGGCUUUCAUCACCGGCUGGAACUUACUGUUGUCAUACAUCAUAGGGACAUCCAGUGUGGCAAGAGCAUGGAGUGGCACUUUUGAUGACCUGAUUGGAAAUAAGAUUGCCAAUUAUUUGAGUGAAAAUACACCAAUGAAUUUACCUGGCCUUGCUCCAUAUCCAGACUUCUUUGCUGCUGGCCUUAUCCUGGUUUUGGCAGGGAUUCUUGCCUUUGGGGUGAAGGAGUCUGCCAUUGUCAACAAGAUCUUCACAGCUAUAAAUAUGGUAGUUCUGGUUUUUGUCAUCAUUGCUGGAUUCAUCAAGGGUGACAUUAGAAACUGGCAGAUAACAGAGAAGGAUAUUUGGAACUACACAAUAACUGCAAAUCUCUCAGUCUCAAAUAAAACGAUAUCCAGUUUUGGAACAGGAGGAUUCUUUCCAUUUGGAUUUGAGGGAACUUUUGCUGGAGCCGCAACCUGUUUUUAUGCCUUUGUGGGAUUUGACUGCAUUGCGACCACAGGUGAGGAGGUCAAAAACCCUCAGAAGUCUAUCCCUAUAGGAAUUGUGGCUUCUCUUCUCAUCUGUUUCUUGGCUUAUUUCGGAGUUUCGGCUGCUCUCACCCUCAUGAUGCCCUAUUACCAACUAAAUGUUCAGAGUCCCUUACCUGUAGCCUUCACCUAUGUGGGCUGGGAUCCUGCAAAGUAUGCUGUGGCUGUUGGAUCUUUGUGUGCUCUUUCAACAAGUUUGCUGGGAUCCAUGUUUCCUAUGCCUCGUGUGCUGUUUGCUAUGGCCAGAGAUGGGCUGCUCUUCAAACCACUGAGUAACAUGAGUUCCAGACAGAGUCCUGUCAUCGCCACACUCUCUUCUGGAAUAAUAGCAGCAAUAAUGGCCUUGGUGUUUGAUUUGAAGGCUCUAGUAGACAUGAUGUCUAUUGGAACUCUCUUCGCCUAUACCCUCGUAGCCAUCUGCAUCUUAAUUCUUCGGUACCAGUCAGAGCCAGCUGAGAUCAGUGAGAAAGCAGAACUUCAGAAGAAAUGGAAUCCUUUUAGCUCCCCUAAAAGUGCUUCUGCUAGAAGUUCUAAAGUUGUGUCUGUGCUGACCAUACUUACAAUUGUGUUCGCGGUUAUCCUGAGUGUGAUCAUCACAAAAGUUGUACAGGCUGGACUGAUAGCAGCGUGGUGGGUGAUUCUGAUUAUCACUGUGGUUUCGGUGGCGUUUCUCAUGACUAUCGUUAUUAUUUGGCGACAACCACAGAAUGGUAGCAAGGCUGCAUUUAUGGUCCCAUUUCUGCCAUUACUCCCUGUCUUCAGUACAUUCAUCAAUAUCUACUUAAUGGUCCAGCUGGGGGGUGAAACGUGGACUCGCUAUGCAGUGUGGAUGGCAGUGGGCUUGCUCAUCUACUUCUGCUACGGAGUGCACUUCAGUGUACAGAAGAAACGGAACCAGUCCUCCAAACAUCCUAUCAAUGUUGAGACAAUUGAUGUUAAAACGAAAAACAUCGGAUCUACUACACCAACGCUACAAACCAAGUUUUAAAACCAACAGUAAUGUCUUGUGCUUUGCUCCUGAGUCAGAGAAACUACAAUAUUAGUUUUGUUGUGUACUGAAAAUUGAAUUAUAAGGAUAAGGAUAUAUUAUGAAGUAUAAGGAUUAAUUGGUAUCAUAUAAAACAAAAUGAUGAUUGAGAGGUACGCUCUUUAUGGGAUUAGAGUAUGAAACUUAAGGGUAUAUAUUAGAAAGAGUUCUUCUGAAGGGACUGGCCCAGUGUCAGUAGGCAUCAAGGGGUCAUGAACAGUGUCCCGCAUGUUACUUCAAAACUGUAAUACAUUACAUCCAGUAGAGGGCACAUUGAUGUAGCAUAAUGACUGUGGGCUAUCCUAAAAAUAUAUAGCUUAUAAUUGGCAAUGCAAGAAAGGAUGACAGCCAGAAUCACAAACGAUCCAAGUAUGGUAGAGGUAAAGUGAUUAUCUGGCAAUAUCUGUGAAUUGCUUGGGUCUAUUCAUUUUAGACAGGACUAUAUGUAAACUCUAAUGCCAUAUGCAAUUGUAAAAUGACAAGAUGCGCAUACGUCCGUCUCGGGAAUGUACAGUCUUCUGCCAUCUUCACCCAUUAGCCGCUGCGAGGCUAACAGCGAGCCGGACGGAGCUAAUAGCCUCGGACCUCGAGCACAGACGCAGAGAUCAUUCUGUGUCAUGACAGUAUCCUCGCGGCACUCAAAACAAAAAAAUAUAUAUCUGUAAAAAAAUAUAUACUAUGCAUUUUUUGUGUGUGUGUGUGUGUGUGUUCUUUCAGUUUAGCUUGAAGAGGCUGUGUAAGUGUAAACACAAUGAAAUCCUGAAAAACACUGUUAGAAAAAUAUCUUCAUAUGGCUCUACUGUGGGUGGUCUUCUGUAGCAUUUUUCCAGACCUCUGUAAUGAUUUAUUUAUCUCACCUGAGUGUACUCACCAUUGAAAACAUGUUGAACAAUGUUUAAAAUAAAAUUAUUUUUCAAUGUGCCAUUCAUUGUUGAGUAAUAUAAAUAUAUACUGUACAUAUGUAAUGCGAUAUGUAGCAAAAAGGAGAGGAGUAUUCCAGAAAGCUGGACUUUUCUGUCACAUAAACCCAGAU